CGCCGCCGCGCGGCAUGGCGGGAGCCGGGCGGCCUCGCUCCCUUCCAAGGGCAGGGCGCGGGGGAGCGGAAGUUGCGCCGUGCCCUGGCGGAAGCGCUCGGCCCGAAGCGGCGGGGGCCCUGCGAGCGGGGCGGAGGGAGCGGCGCCGACGGACGCUCCUAUUGCAAAAGCUGCUGUUGAAAAGAAAUAAUUUUUUUAUAAGAAGAGAAUGGGUAAGUUGAUUUUUCUUAGACUUGUUGUUGUUGUUCCCUGUGUGAAACAUUUUCUCUCCUACUCUGGUAGAGAAGGUGAAUUAUAAGACUUUAAAUGUUGAUCCUGUCACUAACUUUUCUUGUAGUUUGAAACCUCAGUGGAAUUUCCUACAGAUCUUUUUUUCUUUUUAAGAGGAAUUUCUCAAGUGAAUGUUUGUUCAUUGAACAAUUUGUUCAGAGCGUAUCUAUCAAACAGUAAAUUUCACUGAGCUUAACAUGUUUAUUGAUGAAAAUAUAUAUACUAAAAUAGGAUAGCUUUAGGUUUUAUAGCAAAAGACUUUUAGAUAGAGGACAAGAAAAUUUCACUAUAUAUUGACUUAAAUAUUCUUUGCUUACUAAGGUCAGCCUGUCUAAUUCUGGCUGAGAGAUCAUAAUAAGCACUGACUGAUAAAUUACAGUGUGUGUGAGACUUGACUAAUUGUCUGAAACUGUCAUUAUCUGUCUCACUACAAAUGAUGGUUAAUGAAACAAAGUUGGACAGAUUCUGGAUUUAGCUACACUUUUCCUGAAAGUAUUUUAGCUUCUUUGGCACUUGACGAUACUUUCUUAAAAUUGGCAAUAACUCUACGGUAAUUCUAUUUUAACUUGUAAUUCACAAAGCAACUUAAUUGACUGGGGGGAAUAUUGUAUUUGCUAUAGCACUAUAUACAAUGAAAGGCAAUAUAUUAUAAUUAAUGUAAUUUCUAUUUUUAUUUUGUCAGAAGGAGAAACAACACUAACAGUCAAACAUCAAGUUUGUAGUCUCUGGUUUAUCUUCCAUACUUCUACGUGCGAUCAUGAAAUAUUGAAAUUACUUUUUUAGAAGUGUACAGAUCUCUUCUGUUACACUUUUUGAAGCUGUAAGAACUUUCGUAACUUCCAUUUUUACCUCUCUGCCAAAAUUAAUACUGUUCUGAAAAUUAAGUCUUAUGUGCAGUGUUAAGUUCAAGUAUUAAUUUUUAAUAGAACUGAAGCUAUACUUAUGUCAGUUCUUGACUCCCUUAGAAAAUACAGUCUUUGAAAUAAGGCAUUAACUGUCCAGUCUGAAUAUGAUAGAAAUGGUAGAUUUACUGGGUUGGUGGGUGUUCUUGCACUUAAAAAGUUUUUUUUUUUUUUAAAGUUUUAAAACUACUGUGGUCUUCAUUACUCAGCAUUUUACAUUUUUACAGCACUGUAUGAAGACCAAGUACAGGUGCAGUCAUCUUGGUGCUACGGGGUCCUAUAGUGCUAAGCACAGUGUGGGCAGAAAGUAGUCAGUGGUUCCUGCCCCAGAGCACGCUGCUUCAACUGGCAGGGCAAGUGCAAGAAGGGGAAAGUGUGAGUGUACGGAGUGAGCAGCGCAAUGGUGGCAACGAUAACACCGUUUUUUCAACUUAAAGGUAGUGCUGUUACUUAGGAGAGAAUAAAUGAAUGAACAAAAAGGGAAGGAAGAUUAGGGUUUAUAGUGAAAGCAGGGAGCAGGUACAUAGUGAGGUAGAGAAGGGAAACAGAAAAAGCAUAGUCAAACUGGUGCUGGGAGGCUUUCCAAAUUUCCCUGGUUUUGGUGCUUUUUCACCGAAGGUCACGAUAUAGGUGUGCACUAAUGCUCUUGAUGUGACUGAGCAGCGGGGAAGGAAUGAAUCUUAUUUCAUUUCUCUAGUACAAAAAUACCUUGUUAGACUGCUUUUAUUCCUUCUAUUCUUCAAAAAGCUCUUUUUUUCUUGCAGUCUGUAUUUUUAAAUAUUUAGAUGUAUUUAUAUAAUUUCUAUUAAGUACUAGCGUGCAGACAUGGCAAUAGCUUUGAGAAUGGAAGAAGUAGCACAUUCUUAAAAUAAGUACAUACUUUCACUUGAGAAUUUGUCUAAGGGAAAUUUCUUUCCUACAUAGAUUUUUUAAAUGUCAGAAUUUGGAGAUGAACAGAGGAGAGAGGGGAGAUAUUAAUCAAAAAUCCUACAUUUUUCUAAUAAUUCCUUCUCUUAAAUAGGUUGCUGAACUCUUCAGAGAAGUCUUCAAAUAUCUAAAUUCUUCUGUCUUAUUUUUGGUGGUAGUCAGUGGUUCUUCUGCAAAUGUAGUCACGGGAAAAACUGCAGCUUGCGUUUUUAGUAAUGUGAAUCAGUUAUUGUGUUCUGAAACUGUUAAUGUUUUCCACCAUAGAUGGAGAAGAGAAAACAUACGGUGGGUGUGAGGGCCCAGAUGCUAUGUACGUGAAGUUAAUAUCUUCUGAUGGCCAUGAGUUCAUUGUAAAAAGAGAGCAUGCGUUAACAUCAGGAACAAUAAAAGCUAUGUUGAGUGGACCAGGACAGUUUGCAGAAAACGAAACAAAUGAGGUGAAUUUUAGAGAGAUCCCAUCCCAUGUCCUAUCCAAAGUAUGCAUGUAUUUCACCUACAAGGUCCGCUAUACUAACAGCUCUACGGAGAUUCCUGAAUUCCCAAUUGCACCUGAAAUUGCACUGGAACUUCUGAUGGCUGCAAACUUCUUAGAUUGUUAAAUAAAAUAAAUUAUAAUAAAAAUGUAAAACUUUUUUCAGUAUUUAAUACAUGUAGUUCAGUUAGUAACUUUUUUCAGAUAGCAUGUUGCGUGUGUGCUGUUGAGAACUGUAAAGUUCACUGCAGAGGCAAUUGCCUUCAGUCCUUUUGCAUAUAGCAAUCAUUCAGUUGAAAUUUGUUUUGCUGCUUACACAAAUAAGGACAUUUUCACAACCGAGACAAAUAAACAAAUAUGCCAA